UUUUUUUUGAAAGCUCCUAACACAUCGUCAUCAAGUGUCGACGGAAUACGCAAUUCUUGGUAUAAAUAUACUUCCGGUUCCUUAACAAAUUCUUUCCUGUCAGGGGCCUCCAGUAAGAUGGCUGUGCAAAUCUCAAAGAAGAGGAAGUUUGUCGCGGACGGAAUCUUCAAAGCCGAGCUGAACGAGUUCCUGACGCGCGAGCUUGCGGAGGAUGGGUAUUCCGGUGUGGAGGUGCGUGUGACCCCGACCAGGACCGAGAUCAUAAUCCUGGCCACAAGGACCCAGAAUGUUCUGGGAGAGAAGGGCCGUCGCAUCCGGGAGCUGACCGCUGUUGUUCAGAAGAGGUUUGGCUUCCCCGAGGGCAACGUGGAGCUGUAUGCUGAGAAGGUUGCAACACGUGGUCUGUGUGCCAUUGCUCAGGCUGAGUCCCUGCGCUACAAGUUGCUAGGAGGACUGGCUGUACGUAGGGCUUGCUAUGGUGUGCUGAGGUUCAUCAUGGAGAGUGGCUCUAAGGGUUGUGAAGUGGUAGUUUCUGGGAAGCUGAGGGGUCAGAGGGCCAAGUCAAUGAAAUUUGUUGAUGGCCUGAUGAUCCACAGUGGAGACCCAGUCAACUACUAUGUAGACACUGCUGUACGCCACGUCCUGCUCCGACAGGGUGUGCUGGGCAUCAAGGUGAAAAUCAUGUUACCAUGGGACCCCAGUGGUAAGAUCGGCCCCAAGAAGCCUCUGCCAGACCAUGUGAGCAUUGUGGAGCCCAAAGACGAGACUAUCCCCUCCACCCCUGUGUCAGAGCAGAAGGGGGCCAAGCCAGAAGCCCCAGCAGCCAUGCCACCGACUCCUGUACCCACCGCAUAGACAGGUGUCAACCAUUUGUUCAGAUGAAAGCAGGACCCUGCAUUUUCUUUCUGUACAAAAAUAAAGCCUGGAAAAUACA